UCCCCGGUCGUCUUGCUCUGGCUCCGCAGGGCUCCAGGGACUCUUGGGGCCAGAGCUGCAGCACCACCCACGGCCCCUCAUUCAGGUGGUGGUUCGCCUCCCAGAGCCGUCAGCCCUGACUCCCGAUCGCGCGGGCUGGUGCUGUGCAGCGCAGGGGCAGAGGGAUCUUCCUGUCAGUGGCCUGCUGCUGUUUGGAGUGGUGGCACCUUUUUCUCUGAAGUCACACUUAUUUCCCGUCAAGAGAAUGGGCGUGCUCCAAGGGGGCUGGCCCUGGAUCUCAGAAUGUGAGCAAUAGGCUGUGACUAAAGAAGAUGGCUUUGGAAGGUGGAAUUCAGGCUGAGGACGCUGGCGUUUCCCUCAGUGAGCUCUCCAUGUAUGCAAUGUCCACAGGGGUAAACUAGAGCCUCCAGAGCUCAGUCCUGGUGCCAAGCUGCCUUGAAGACUACUUCCUCAUAAAAGGUCUUCCAUCUGCAUGAGACAGAUUCCCCAAGCAUAGGAAAAGCAGUUGGGCAGUUAUGGAUCAGGACAAUGGCACCACCCAGGCACCAGGCUUGCCGCCCACCACGUGCGUCUACCGUGAGGAUUUCAAGCGACUGCUGCUGACCCCGGUAUACUCAGUGGUGCUGGUGGUCGGCCUGCCUCUGAACAUUUGUGUCAUCGCCCAGAUCUGCGCGUCCCGCCGGACCCUGACCCGGUCAGCCGUGUACACCCUGAACCUGGCACUGGCAGACCUACUGUACGCAUGCUCACUGCCCCUGCUCAUCUAUAACUAUGCCAGAGGGGACCACUGGCCCUUCGGAGACUUGGCCUGCCGCCUCGUGCGCUUCCUCUUCUAUGCCAACCUACACGGUAGCAUCCUGUUCCUCACCUGCAUUAGCUUCCAGCGCUACCUGGGUAUCUGCCAUCCUCUGGCACCCUGGCACAAGCGUGGGGGUCGCCGUGCUGCCUGGGUGGUAUGUGGAGCCGUGUGGCUCGCUGUGAUAGCUCAGUGUCUGCCCACAGCAAUCUUUGCUGCCACGGGCAUCCAGCGCAACCGCACUGUCUGCUACGACCUGAGCCCACCCAUUCUGUCCGCUCGCUACCUGCCCUAUGGCAUGGCUCUCACGGUCAUCGGCUUCUUGCUGCCCUUCACAGCUUUACUGGCCUGCUACUGUCGCAUGGCCCGCCGCCUGUGCCGCCAGGAUGGCCCAGCAGGACCUGUGGCCCAAGAGCGGCGCAGCAAGGCGGCCCGUAUGGCCGUGGUGGUGGCAGCUGUCUUCGCCAUCAGCUUCCUGCCUUUCCACAUCACCAAGACAGCCUACUUAGCCGUGCGGUCCACACCCGGUGUCUCCUGCCCUGUGCUGGAGACCUUCGCUGCGGCCUACAAAGGCACCCGGCCCUUUGCCAGUGCCAACAGUGUACUGGACCCCAUCCUGUUUUACUUCACACAGCAGAAGUUCCGGCGGCAGCCCCAUGAGCUCCUGCAGAAGCUCACAGCCAAGUGGCAGAGGCAGAGAGUCUGAGGUCUCAGGGCAGACCCUGGGGCAUUGGUAGCUGUGUAUUUGCCAUGGGGGUCAUGGUGCCAGAAGCUUCCCCCACAACUCCAAACCACACAGAGAAGAAAAACUUGGUUCAACAGGCCUGGGCCUGGCCCUCAAGAAGUACUAUGCCAACCACAAAAGCUAAGACUGGUCAAUUCAUGCUUGUUAUCCCAGAACUCAGGAUGUUGUGAUAAGAGGGUAACAAGCUCCUGGCCAGCCUGGUCUACGUGGUAAAACACUGUCUCAGUGUUACAGCUCAGUAGCACAUGCCUAGAGUGUGCUAGCCCCUGGGCUCAAUCCCUAACACUGUGAAAUCCAUUCUUGUUUACAACGUGGAGGGGACUGCUGGUGGGCGAUCAUGAACGUGGAGGCAAAGUCUUGUUCCCUGGGACCCACUUCUUACAAGGAGUAAGAAGCUGAGGGAAGCUCAGGGUCCCAUUCAUCUGCCAAGACUUUUGCAUAAGGGAGAUAAAUAAAUGCGAUUUUGUGGG